CUCGUGUUGCUUUCGGGAGGAAGCACGUUGGCUCUCGCAAAUCCCGGAGAAGACCGUGAAAAAAAACCCAACCACGAUGAGUGACAACGAGGAUAACGAUGAUAUGGUGAUGGAGGAGUUUGAGCCUGAUCAGGACGAGAUGGACGAAGACAAUGCGAACGUUCAGAAGCAAGAGGGAGAGAAAUACGAGUGUGAUCUUUCGGCUUACACCCUCUUUCACGAGGGAAGUACAGGGGCACCUUGUCUCAGCUUCGAUAUCCUUCAAGACAAGCUUGGAGAUAAUCGGGACUGUGAAACACCUGUGUCAUGUUACUUUGUGGCUGGCACGCAAGCAGCACGCACUCAUGUGAACAACAUUAUUGUCAUGAAGAUGAGCAACCUGAAAAAAAUAAAUGAGGACGAUGAUGAGGAUGACGAUGAUGAAGGUGAGGAUGAAGAUGGACAACCUGUCAUUUCUUCCGCCAUGGUUAAACAUAAUGGCUGUGUCAACAGGAUUAGGUCAACAAUGGUCAACAAUGUCAGCAUUGCUGCUUCCUGGUCUGAACUUGGUGCUGUUCACAUUUGGGAUUUGAGCCAAAUGCUUUCUUCUGUCAAUGACAACAGCCAGCAACAAGUCCUGGAGGAGGCACCAAUCUUUUCCUUCAGAGGACACCGUACUGAAGGUUUUGCUAUGGAUUGGGCCUCAUCCAUGCCAGGGACCCUUGCAACAGGUGACUGUGACAGAAAUAUCCAUAUUUGGAAACCAACUGAAGGAGCAUCUUGGUCGGUGGAUUCACGUCCAUACACUGCCCACCAAGCUUCAGUAGAGGACAUUCAGUGGUCCCCAAAUGAACCACAUGUUUUUGCCUCUUGUUCUGUAGACAGAAGCAUCAGAAUAUGGGACUGCAGAGCAAACCCAAGCAAAGCUUGUAUGAUUUCAGUGGCAAAUGCACAUGAAAGUGAUGUCAAUGUUAUUCACUGGAACAAAAAUGAACCUUUCAUAGUGUCUGGAGGAGAUGAUGGCAAAGUUCAAGUAUGGGAUCUAAGACAAAUACAGAACUCCAGUCCUGUGGCAGUUUUGAAACAGCAUGAAGCUCCUGUGACAACAGUGGAGUGGCAUCCAUCUGAUGCUUCAGUCUUAGCCACAGGAGGAGAAGACCACCAGAUACUGCAGUGGGACCUGGCUGUAGAGCGAGAUUCUGAUCAGAAUCAGGACGACGAGUUGGAUGUUCCAGAACAGCUCCUCUUCAUUCACAGAGGACAACAUGAAGUGAAAGAACUGCAUUGGCAUCCACAGGUUCCUGGCUUAAUAAUAUCUACAGCACAUUCAGGAUUCAAUAUAUUCAAGACGAUUAGUUGCUGAUUAACUAGAUAUAUGUGGGGAUUACUAGAUUGUGUAGACUUUAAGGAGUUCAAAGGAAUCUACAGAGCUAUUUAAAAUUGAGUGGUAUUGUCAUGUCUGCCAGUUCAGCAAGUUCUUCUAAAUUGUGUGAGAAAAUAUUCUAAAUCAUAGAUAUCAGUAAUAGGAGAUUGUAAAAAAGGUUAUCUCUUAGGGGGAUUAGUGUUUGCUCUCCCUGGCAGUACAUUAUUGACUGUGAGGAACAUAAGGCAACAGAUAUCAGUAAAUAGGCACAAGUUCAAAAGUUUGCCUGUUUGUUGCUUACUGAGGUAAUUUCUACAGAAAAAUAGUAGUGUAUCGGCAUGCUUUGAAAAAAUUAUAUUGUAUAUUAAGAGAGAAUUGCGGAGAUCUGAAAUGUGCAAGUAAUAUUUAGAUAUUUAAAAUGAAGAAUAAAAAAUAUUACACGAUUAUUUAUACUGGUAUCUGUAAUAUUCUCAUACAAUUACAUUAAAGAUAUAUCAGUAUUGUAAAAUUGAUACUUUCAUACAGAUAAAUUAAAGAUACUUCAGUAUUGUAAAAUCAAUCAUAUUUCUCAUGAAGGUAGAUGUGCGUUGUCAUCUGUAUUUCAAUUCUGUAUUGUCAUGGUUAAACAGUUUUUGAAAACCAUAAGGUUUGUGUGUUAAAAAUUCUUUAUAUGUUAUGGAUCUUGAAUGUCUAUAUAUUGCUAAUAAAACUGUUGAUAUGUUAUUCACAACACAUUUGUAAUGAGUUUUAGUAUAAAUUGCUAUACUGCUUCUGUAUAGGCUGUGUUAAGCCAAAAAUCAUUAUUUUUUUCCAAUUAUAUAUAUAAAAGAC